AGAAUCUAUAUAAUAGCCCUGUCUUUCACUCAUUUUUCUUCACUUCACACUUCAAAGCUUUUGCUGACAAACUCUCUCUUCACAGCAUUUUGCAAUUCAACUCUAGCCAAGAACAAAUCAAUGGAGCAAAUUAAUGGAGUGGUCUUUGGAAACCAACAGCUCGCUGCUGAUCCUCUGCCUUUCGCGAGAAGUUAUCAGUUGGAAGCGUUGGAGACUGCAAUUAAGCAAAACACAAUUGUGUACUUGGAGACUGGGUCUGGAAAGACCCUGAUUGCUAUCAUGCUUCUGAGAAGCUACGCGUACCUUCUUCGUAAGCCGUCUCCGUACAUUGCUGUUUUCUUGGUCCCCACAGUUGUUUUGGUGACUCAGCAAGGAGACGCACUGAAAAUGCAUACCGACUUGAAAGUCGGCACAUAUUGGGGAGAAAUGGGGGUCGAUUUCUGGGAUGCAUCUACAUGGAAACAUGAAGUGGAUAAACAUGAGGUACUGGUUAUGACUCCGGCGAUACUACUUUCUGCUUUGAGGCACAGGUUUUUACAACUAAACAUGAUAAAAGUUAUGAUAUUUGAUGAGUGCCACAAUGCACGAGGCAGACACCCCUAUGCCAGCAUAAUGUCGGAAUUUUAUCAUCGACAGUUAACUCGUGAUAGCGCACAGCUUCCAAGAAUAUUCGGGAUGACUGCUUCCCCUAUCAAGUCUAAAGGUUCUAGCACGGCAGAUAAUUAUUGGAAGCAGAUUAGUGACCUUGAGAAUCUUAUGAAUUCUAAGGUAUACACGUGUCUCAGUGAAUCCGUUCUGGCGGAGUAUAUCCCAUUCUCAAAUACGAAGCUGGAGAUGUAUGAACAUGUGGAUAUUCCUUGCACAUUGUCUCUCAGUUUAGCUCAUGAUCUGGAAAUGUUGAAAGGAAAGCAUGAAUGUUCAAUUUCAAAAUCAAAUAUGUCCGACAAUAGUGCUGGAUCUGCAAGAAAAAGAUUAUCAAAACUUCAUUCGGCUUUCCUAUUUUGUUUGACUGAGAUGGGUGUUUGGCUGGCUUUCAAGGCUGCUGAGUUCUUGUCCCAUGAAGAAACUAGUUUCUUUUCAUGGGGAGUAUUAGAUGUAUGUUGUCAGACAAUUGUCAGAAAUUUCAGUCUGGGUGCUUCCAAGAUUUUCUCGGCUCGCUUACCUUCUGGGCCACAUUGGUCAAUUGGUGGUGAUAUUCAGGCAAAUACGGAGGCUGGAUAUUUGUCAUCCAAAGUUAAUUGUCUUCUAGAGUUGCUUCUCAAGUACAGGCACCUGAAGGAUUUGAGAUGUAUAAUAUUUGUUGAGAGAAUUAUUACAGCCAUUGUUCUUCGGUCUCUGUUGAAUGAGUUGCUUCCGGAACUAUGUGGUUGGAGAACCGAGUACACCGCAGGACAUAUUUCUGAGGUGCAGUCACAGAGUAGGAAAAUUCAAAGCAAAAUUGUUGAAGAAUUUCGUAAGGGUCUGGUGAACAUUAUUGUAGCGACAUCUAUUCUUGAAGAAGGCUUAGAUGUUCAAAGUUGUAACCUUGUAAUUCGAUUCGAUCCCUCAGCUACUGUUUGUAGCUAUAUACAAUCUCGUGGGCGAGCUCGAAUGCAGAACUCCGACUUUCUUCUGAUGGUCAGAAGUGGGGAUACUUCAACACGCACUCGCAUGCAAAAAUUUAAGGCUAGUGGGGAAAUAAUGCGGCAAGAAUCAUUACGUCAUGCAUCUAUUCCAUGUUCGCCUCUGGAUGAUGAACUGUAUGAUGAGCCUUACUACGAAGUUGAAAGGACUGGAGCAAUUGUUACCCUCAGUUCCAGUGUCUCAUUGUUACACUUCUAUUGCUCAAGGCUACCAUCGGAUGGGUACUUUAAACCCAAUCCUAGGUUUGUGAUUGAUAAAGAAACAGCAGCCUACACCCUACAACUUCCCAUAAGUUGCCCCCUGAGAAGUAUUAGUGUAAAGGAGAAUAGCAAAGCAGCGAGGCAACUUGCAUGCUUGGCAGCUUGUAAAGAACUUCAUCAUGUGGGUGCCUUGACUGAUAAUCUUGUUCCUGAUAUCGUGGAGGAAGAAGCCAUCAACAAAGAAUUGGAAUGUCAAAUGCAUACAGUUGAAGAAUCAAAAUACUUUCCACCAGAGUUGGUUAGUCGUGGCAGCAAUGAUUCAGAAGCAGUGUACUACUGCUACCUGGUUCAGUUGCAACCUGACUUUCGCAACGACUUUCAGCUUCAUGGGAUUUUACUUGCUGUUAGGACUAAGCUCGAGUUUGAUGAUAAAAUAUUGUCUUUUGACUUGGACAUUGAUAGGAGGGGACGCUUGCAAGUUCUACUAAAUUAUAGUAAACUUGUUAAGCUUACUUCUGAGGAGAUUCAACGGUGUAAGAGAUUUCAAGUCAGUAUCUUCAGAAUUCUCUUUGACCGUGAUCUGAGUAAACUGCAGGACGCUUUAGCUGCAGUUCAAUCGCCUAUUGGUUCUGCAGUUUCUGAUUUUCUUCUGCUCCCAUCUUUGGGUACAACCCCUGAAAUAAAUUGGAGAUGUGUGAAUUCUUUGCUCUUUCCUUCUCAAGAGCUUGGGGAUAAGCAUACGGAUUUCUGUUCAACACAACGUCACAAACGCAGCGUGAACACCAAAACUGGGGUGGUGUGCAGCUGCAUGUUAGAGAAUUCGUUGGCCUGGACACCUCAUAAUGGCCGUAUAUACUGCAUUACAGGGUUUUUGGAUAAUCUGGAUUGCAACUCUCUGUUGGAUUUGAGAACCAGAGAAUCCAUUACGUACAGAGAAUACUUCAAAAAGCAGCAUGAGAUCAACAUAUGCUUUGAAGAAGAACCACUUCUUAGGGGAAAGCAUAUUUGUAAGGUGCACAAUUACCUCCAGAGAUGCAGAACUCAGAAAGCUAAAGAUUCAACUAAUUCAUCUGCUGAGUUGCCUCCUGAACUUUGUUCUCUCAUCAUGUCACCUGUCUCUAUUUCUACCCUUAAUACCUAUUCAUAUGUUCCUUCGAUCAUGCAUCGGAUCGAGUCCUUGGUUAUGGCCUCCAACUUGAAAAGAAUGCUUUUUGAUCACUGCCCACUAAAUAUUUUUAUCCCAACCGCUAAGGUUUUGGAAGCAAUGACUACAAAGAAAUGCCUCGAGAAGUUUCAUUUGGAAUCACUUGAGACACUUGGAGACUCCUUUCUCAAGUAUGCUGUCAGUACACGGCUGUUCAAGACAUAUGAAAAUCAUCACGAGGGUCUUCUCAGCUUUAAGAAAAACACAUUCAUUUCCAAUGCUGCACUGUGCAAGCUUGGAUGUGCUCGUAAAAUCCCAGGAUUUAUCCGUAAUGAACCAUUCGAUCUUAAAACAUGGCUCAUUCCUGGUGAUAAUUCUCAAGUUCACAGCUUUGACGAAGAUUUCCUGAUGCCUUCAGUAAAAAUGUAUAGUCGGGGGAAGCUGAAAAUUAAAGGUAAGAGAGUAGCUGAUGUCGUUGAGGCACUGACAGGUGCCUACCUCAGCUCAGGCGGGGAAGUGGCGGCUUUAUCAUUUAUGAAAUGGCUUGGGCUGGAAAUUGAUUUUGCUAAUGCACCUCUGCCAAGACACUUCCCCGUGAAUGCUGAGAAGCUAGUCAAUGUCAGAUACUUGGAAUCCCUGCUACAUUACAAGUUCCAUGAUCCUUCUCUGCUUGUUGAAGCACUUACUCACGGAUCUUACAUGCUACCUGAGAUUCCACGAUGUUAUCAGCGCUUGGAAUUUCUUGGAGAUGCAGUGCUAGAUUAUGCUGUUACCGCUUAUCUCUAUUUCAAAUAUCCGGGAUUGACUCCAGGACUUAUUACCGAUUUGAGGUCUGCUUCUGUAAACAAUGAAUGCUAUGCUCAAUCUGCAGUUAAGGCUGGCCUGCACAAGCACAUUCUUCAUGCCUCGCAAGAGCUGCAAAGGCAGAUAAGUCGUACUGCUGAGGAUUUCGGGUUAUUGGAUCUUGUUUCCACGUUCGGAUGGGAGGCCGAAACUACUUUCCCUAAGGUGCUUGGAGAUGUUAUCGAGUCCCUUGCUGGUGCGAUCUUUGUUGAUUCUGGCUUCAACAAAGAUAUUACAUUUCGGAGCAUACGACCUCUUCUGGAACCGUUGAUUACACCUCAAACAAUAAAACUCCAGCCAAAAAGAGAGUUGAGUGAACUCUGUGACCAGAAAGGUUACAUAAAGAAGAAGGAUAUCGUCUCUCAUGAGAAUGGCGUUGCAUACAUUACAGUAGAGGUUGAAGCAGAUGGUGUUAUUCACAAGGAUACGCGCUCGGGACGAGACAAAAAAAUGGCCAAGAAGGUGGCUUGCAAAACUGUGCUCAAGUCUCUGAAAGAAUGUGCAGCCAAUGCGCAACAUUAGUUUCUGUUUUCUGCUACUCCCAAGUUACAAAAUAUUGUAUUGUACUAUUGGGUUCGUUGUUAUGUAAGCAAAAAUGUCCUCGAGUAGAGUGUAUAAUAUAAUGUAAAAUAUGGUGUAUUAGUCAUGCUUUUGUUCGCUGUGCUUGUAUUUUUGUUUGAUUUGAUGAAUUAAAAAUAAUAUAGUUUGUAUAAUUCUUAUUAAUAGAAAAUUGUUUGACAAACA